AUGUCUAUUGUAGAAAUUAUUCAGCACAAUGAAGUAAUAUACACAAUUUUAGAUAAACCACCACCAGAACCGCCUAAAACACCGAGGUAUCAAUCUGAAUUGGAGAAACAGCUAAAGGAAAUGAAAAUACCGAAACAGAGGCGAACAUUUGGAUAUGCAGAAACUCCGCUCAAUCCACCUGACAAUUUUCUAAAAAAGGGUGAAGGCAUUGGACAGCCUAUAAAAACAUCUGAUCACAAAUGUUUUGUCUCAGGCAAUUUACCUCCAGUGCCGAAGCGUUCAGAAAUGCCCAAAAAACAAGAGAAGCCCAAAGUAAACUUUAGGGUACUAAACAUAAAAAAGGCGAUUAAAACCAAACCUAAGCCCUUAGAACCGCGAUUGGUGGAUACACGGGAUGGACACAUAAAAAAAAUUAAAGGGUCCGGAGAAGUUCCAGAAUUUUGUCUUAGAAAAGAUUUUGGACAGAUGCCAGCAUACUUAGUAAAACGUAAUAGAAAAAUUCAGAGAGAGCUGGAUCGAAUUAAAUAUGCAGAAGAACAUAAGGAAAGUUUAUGUAAACUCAUCAAUGAACAAGAGAGACAAGCGUUAUUGAAGGAUUUAAAACACAACUGGCAACUGAUGCAGAAGGCAUUUUUACAAUUGCCGAUGUUAACGGAUACAAUUCCGAAGAUUUUGAAAAAGACGAAAAUGGAACAGGAGUUACGACAGCUAGAAAAAGACAUAGCCCUCGUAGAAUCAAAUCCAUAUAUCUAUGUGUACGAUUAA